UUGUUUCCGAAAAUGGCGACGACUCAUAUUAACAAUACGGCUACGUUCCCGAAACACCGAGACACCCUUUUGGAUGAAGCUCGUUGUGCCACCCACAGCGAACAUGAGCUCACCUUUCUGCGGGCUCUCCGGCUAUAUCCCAAGGCAGUCGCAUGGUCCAUGUUUCUGUCUCUAGCCAUCAUUAUGGAAGGCUACGACAUGAAGCUCGUGGGUGCCCUCUUUGCUCAACCUGCUUUCCAGAGAAAAUACGGCCAGCAGUUGCCGGAUGGCACGUAUGGAAUCAGCGCUGCUUGGCAAGCUGGCCUAUCCAAUGGUGCUUCGGUUGGGUCGCUCAUGGGCCUUCUCAUCAACGGUUAUCUGUCGGAACGAUUUGGAUUUCGCAAGACGAUGCUGGUCUCGUUGGCUUUCAUUACUGCUACAAUAUUCAUCCCCUUCUUUGCUCCAAGUAUCGAGGUAUUGCAAGUUGGCCAGGUUUUAAUGGGCAUUCCUUGGGGCAUCUUUCAGACCUUGACUACUUCAUACGCGGCCGAAGUGACUCCGACCCAUCUUCGUGCUUAUCUCACCACCUACGUGAACCUCUGCUGGGUAAAGCUCCCCCCUCCAAUUUUCUCUCUGUCGGUUGGUGAAGGAGGUUUUGGGCAGCUACUCUCCGCCGGUGUUCUGCGAGGAGUACUCACACGAUCUGACCAAUGGUCUUAUCGCAUCCCCUUUGCCCUGCAAUGGGUAUGGCCAAUUCCCUUGAUGAUCGGAAUAGUCUUCGCUCCUGAAUCGCCAUGGUGGCUUGUUCGCAAGAAUCGCUUGGAGGAAGCCAAAGCGGCUCUCCUCCGAUUAACAUCGCCCGGCCGUAUUGAGUUUGACGCCGACCAAGCCAUUACACUAAUGGUAGUGACGACAGAGAACGAGCGGGAAUCUGGGACAGGCACUCGCUAUAUCGAUUGCUUCCGCGGCGUGGAUCUACGCCGCACCUCGAUUUCCUGUUGCUGCUGGGGUAUUCAAAUCUUAUCCGGCACGGGUCUACGCAUCUACUCCACCUACUUCUACCAGCAAGCAGGACUCCCGACGGAGCAGGCCUUCACCAUGUCUAUCGUACAGUAUGCCCUCGGCAUCGUCGGCGUGUUUGUAGCCUGGAUUUCGCUACCACGGUUUGGCCGACGAACCAUUUACCUCUGGGGCUUAGCCAUUUUGGCAGUGGUCUUGCUGGUGAUUGGCGGUCUAGGUGUCGCCGAGUCUCGAUCCCCGCUCCGAGCGGACAGCAGCGGUAGCAGCCGGCUUGCCUGGUCCAUCGGAUCUAUGCUGAUUGUAUACACGUUCUUCUACGACGUCACGGUCGGCCCAGUCUGCUACUCACUUGUGGCGGAGAUCCCUUCCGUCCGUCUCCGCAGCAAGUCGAUCGUGCUUGCACGUAUGACAUAUAAUAUCCUUAAUAUUAUCAGCAACAUCAUCACGCCCUACAUGCUGAACCCGUCGGCAUGGAAUUGGGGUGCGAAAGCAGGCUUUUUCUAUGGUGGCACUUGUGUUUUAUCUUUGGUCUAUACCUAUUUCUGUAUUCCUGAACCCAGUGGUCGGACCUAUGCAGAGCUAAGCAUCCUGUUCCAGCGAAACGUCUCAGCUCGGAGUUUCGCCAAGACACAUGUCGAUCUAGCCGAGACGAGACCGUUGGAGAUGGAUUCUCCUAAGAACGACUGA